UUCAAAUCCCGCACCACCAGUUUGCUUCGCAAACCUUGCAUUUUAGAGUCCCUGCGCUGCGCGCACAUUUUCGACGUUGCACCUUGCAUUUUAAAUUCCUUGUGCGCAUUUUUGACGUUGCAUGUGCCAGUACUCUACCAUUGCGGCGCCACACAUGGCUUCGCUUGACUACCGUGUGACGUGUUUUCGCAAGGGAGUUCAGCUGUGCACGGCGGUGGACGUGUUUUCGCAAGGGAGUUCAGCUGUGCACGGCGGUGGACGGGAUGAAGCGGCCACAAGAAUAGCAUUACCCCGAGAGAAGACAAUGGUCGCCAGUGCCGUCCUCAUGGUCUGUUGGCACAUGGAGAUGGAGCUGUCUUCCUCACCAUGUCAGCCGUGCGGUCCUCGGAACGGAGUUGUCAACUUACAUCAGGACAAAGCAGGGAAGGCAGAGGACCGCAAUGAUAUACAAGAGCACACGGAAGUACGACAGAGGGGCUGCAGUGCCGACGGGCAAGCUGCAUUCGAAUUCAAACCUAUAACCGCCAACGGCCAUCUCAACCGCCUCCACGCGGACCCCCACAACGGUCGCCUCCAAAUGCCAGCCGAAACGAUGAACCGGAGGGACUGCGAGGGCACAGGCGGGGAACCGCACGGCCAUUGGAGGUUGAUCUGCGACUGCAGUCCUGCGGUGGACCAGGAAUACCAACGGCAGACCUGACAUUAAACAAAAAUAAAAAGUCGAA